AUGCCGAUCACAGCGCCUGCGCCGGCCACGCCACGCGAGCAGCCGCUCACCUGCGAGGUUGCCCGCAUCGACAUCCUACACGUCUCCAAGAUCGACCAGAUCGAGCACGCCUUCAGCGCACGCCUAUUCUUCCAGCUCAUCCUUCGCGGCGGCCAGCGCGACGACGACCUCUUACGAGGGCUCAACGAGCCCUCUGAUUUCCAGCUGCGGCCGAGCGCAACCUGGCUCCUGCAUCAGUUCCACUUUCCGAACGCGCUGAAGCUCGAAUAUGCUGAGCGCAAGGUGACAAAGAUGGGGGCUGACGACCUGCACCUCAUCCUCAGGGUAGACGGCACGUUCCUCCAGCACUUCAAGCUGCAUGAUUUCCCUUACGACUCGCAGAUUCUGCAGGUUCACCUGUCUUCCCACUGCGCCAACGAGGGCAUCGCUCCCGUCCGCUUCACGUGGUCGCCGCUCACCGUCAAGCUGCAGCGUCCAACGCACUUUGCGCUCAAAGAUGUGUGGGAGAUGAGCAAGCCUGUGCGGCUCGACCUCGAGACGCUCAAUCCGUCGCCGGGCCGCACGUACCCGGUGCUCAAGACCUGCGUCGAGGUGACGCGGCGGCCAAACUACCACCUUGUCAACGUUGUCUUUCCAAUGGCGUGCUUUGUGCUGAUGGGCUGCUGUCAGUUUGCGCACGAGACGUCCAAUGUAGAAGGACGCUUGGAGUACAUGGGGGCGAUUGUGCUGACCAGCACGGCGUACAAGAUGUCGGUCGCCUCCUCCAUCCCGGCCAUCGCCUACGUGACGCUUCUCGACAGGUAUGUCCUCGCCUGCAUCAUGAUCUGCAUCCUCCUCGUCUUCGAAGCUGCUUUCGUGCGCGACCCCUUCGCCGACUCAGUCGCGCUCUUCGUCUCGAUCGCUCUCUUCGUCGCGCUGCAGGUCGCCUUUUGCUACACCGCCUAUAUCGCGGUCCCCCGGCGCGCAGAGGAGCGGCGACGCACCGAGCGCACGCCGCGGCCCAAGCCGGCGUGGCGCGAGAAGAUGCGCCGCGUGCUAAUGGGCGCCCGGCGGAACUCGUCGAAUAAUCCACGGCGGAGCCCGGCUCCACCCGCAGCGGAUCGAACAACGGAAGCGCCUCGACGACUUGGGCGGCUGGUCGACGUGGAGUCUGGCGAUCGAUCUGGCCAGAGCGCCUCGCCCGGCGACGACGGGUUCGACGACGAGGCGCGCGAAAGAGGAGCGACGGCGGCCGCGCGCGACGAUAGGACGAAGCCCACCGAGCCGAGAAUAUCGUCAUCGCAGCGUCGCAGCAGCAUGGGAGUGGCGUGCUUGUGA